GCACUCAAUCUCCUGCAAUUCAUUAUUCGCCAGGCCCCGAAUCUUAAGUACCCGAACAAUGGAAGAGCGUAUUUUACCAGUGGCGGCUCAAAAGAUCUUCGCGGUGGUCUUCAGCUGUUUCGUGGAUUCUUUCAGAGUGUCAGACCAGCAAUCGGCCGAGUUCUCGUGAAUGUUGAUAUCAGCGCAGCCGCAAUGUACAAACCGGGGCCAUUUAUGGACAUUGCUCUAGAAGUUUUGAAUAUUCGAGGGAAUGCACGAGCCCUCAGCUACAAAAAGCAUAGCAAAGAAUGGAAUAUUCUCAGUCAAUUUUUCCGGAAUGUCCUUGUUGACAUAAAGUUACCAAAGAAAACUGUGACGAAGAAAAUUGUUGGUCUCGUUGAAGCAGCUGGACGUUUUCCGUUCACUCAAGAGCAAGAAGACGGCUCAUCCCUUCCCACAACAGUGGCAGAUUACUACUACAAAACAUACAACAUACGCCUAUCAUUUCCUGACAUCAUUGGCAUUGAAUUGAGCCGUGGGUCUGGAAAAAACACCGUCAUCCCGGCUGAACUUUGCACUGUGGCCGCAGGCCAGCGAUACACCCGUAAACUACCGCAGAACAUGACGAGCAUGAUGGUUGAUUUUUCCAAAUUCAGGCCAGAGAAACGGUUGGAAAUGAUUGUUGGCCAGAAAGGCGACCGAACGCUUGAGUAUGCCACCUCACCUUAUAUUCAAGACGCGGGAAUGGAAAUUUCGGAGAAGCCGAUCACAUUACAAGGUCAACUUCUCAAACCACCUACCAUUUUCUACGGCAAAAAACAGCCGGCAGAUGUAAACAACGGAGCAUGGAACAUAACGAGGCAACAUCUACAUUCCCCCGAGACCAUCAGGGCGUGGGCAGUUGUAGAUUACAGUCUAAGGCUCGAUCAAAACGUUAUCAAAGCGUUUAUGGACACACUUGAACAGUGUUGCACUGCACGAGGUAUGGAGGCAUGUUCGCUGGCAUUGGUUUCAGCCGGAGCCCCUCCUGGUUACAACAAGCCACCUGAGAUCGUGCUAGUCAUCCUGCCUCAAUCUGCCGCUGACAUCCGCCAAGAUGUCAAGAGAGCGGGGGAUGUCACCCUUGGCGUAUCUACUCAGUGUGUGUUUUCAGGGAGACAACUUGACCAAUAUUGCAAUAACAUCGCAAUCAAAAUCAACGCUCGAUUAACAGGAGUGAAUUCCAUCCCAUCAUCGCCUGCAUAUGACUGGUUCACCAAAGAAGAUUUCAUUUUUUUGGGGGCUGAUGUUGGUCAUCCUGGACCUGGUGUUCAGAACAAGCCCUCGGUUGCCAGUGUCGUCUUUUCGUAUGACCGGCACGGCGUCAAGUACAGUGCGACAUCGAGGGUGCAGCAGCCGCGACAAGAGAGAAUAGGAGAACUCGGUCCUAUGGUUUAUGUACGCGUUGCCUUCUGGUUUUCGGGACAGUCAAAUUAUCAUUUACAGGACGCCAUUACACGAUAUGGCAAGGUCAACGGGAAAGCCCCGAGAAAACUCAUGUUCUUCAGAGACGGUCUCUCUGAAGGUGAAUAUGCAGGUGUCGGUGAACUAGAGUUCCAAGACAUUAAAGGUUCGGUUUGGGCUGAAGUUAAAUUAAAGGACCCUCCGCCUCUAAUCACUUACCUUAUCGUGGGAAAGAGACAUCACGUUCGCUUCUUCCCGACAAACUCUCAAGAUGGAGAUCGAAAGAGCGGCAAUGUGCAAGCUGGAUUUGUCGCUAGCGAAGGUAUUGCCAAUCCAAUUGCCAAGGACUUUUACCUCCUGUCCCAUGGUGGGAUACUUGGAACAAGCCGACCUGCCCACUACAUAGUAUUAAAGGACGAGAUUUUCAAUUUUGAUAUUAGACCUAUACAAGAGGUGGCGUAUACUCUCUGCCAUGCGUAUGUGAGCGCAACUCGAUCUGUCUCCAUACCCGCCCCUGUGUACUGUACGUACUUUUGCAUCUUUUAUUAA